UUAACAUCCGCCCUUUCCUCUGCGACAUAUGUGGAAUGGGAUUCGCCAAGGAACCUGUUCUGCGACUCCAUGUAAAGAGCAAGCACAACCAGGACAAGGAAUACAAGUGCCAACACUGUCCAUAUGGUACCAACAUCCACUGGUACCUAGCCAAUCAUGUAUUCCAUCGUCAUGGUGUCCGGGCUGAUUUUGACAAUCGCAAAGAGCUUUCCUGCCCACAUUGUAAUGUGAAAUACCUGACAAACAGCUACCUACAAAAACACAUCCGCAAUGUCCAUGAUCGAACAUUCAAGUGCACAUGCGACGUCUGUGGGAAGAGCUACAAGUCGUUCUCCGCCAUGAGCACACACAGGAAGAUCCACCAGGACGGGGAACAGAAGUGUCCCUACUGUGAAUACAGCUCCAAGACCGGGGAGCACAUGAAGCUCCACAUCAGAACACAGCAUGUGUUCAAGGGCAUGAAGCCCUACCAGUGCCCGUACUGCGCCUACAGCAGUGCCAUGGGUGGGAACGUCCGUAAACAUGUGAUGCACAAACACCCCGGGGAGGAGGUGCGUUACAACACCGACAAGGAGCAGAUACUGUACAUGCAGCUCACAGAGGCGCAGAUGGAACGGUCGAGUCGGGAAAAGGGGGACGGUGGGGAGAAGGCAAUGUAUUACAGUACUGAAGACCUCCAGAAGUUACCGGCAUGAAAGGCCGAAUGUAUCCCCGUUUUUUAACACGUUCACUGCCUAUCACGAGUAUAAUCGUAGUAUCAAUUCUGGCCGAAUUUGCCACUACAAGUUAUCUCGUAGCUACAUCAGUGGUAUUUUAAAACAAGUUGCACAUGUUGCCAAAAUAGGCACAAGAAACAAACGUCUCCUGGCGUUCUUUGUUACCGUCAGGAAACAAUUGCUUCUUGUGCUGUUUUGCCAACAUGUGAAACAUUGGUUUUAAAAUACCACCGAUAUAGCUACGAGAUAACUUGUAGUGGUGGCAGUCAACGUGUUAAGUGAAUCAUGUCUCAGUUGUAUGACAUGACUUGAGUCAUGUGUAUUUUAUCAUCAAUCAGGUCUGGUGAGGUGGAAUGGUGCGUGUGAGUGUGUGCAUGCAUGCGCUCGCAUGUUUGGUCUUGUGUUCCAGACAUUGUUUGGAAUUGAUAACAUCUCCAUAUUUCACCAAAUCAGUUUAGUAUUUUUUGUCCAAUUAUUCCAUUCAUAGCUUUAUUUUAUUUGAUGUUUUAAACACAUCUUGCUCAGUGCAGUAUUUGAAAUACCUGCCAUGGUAUCUCUCCUGCUUUUUUGUUUUAUGUCAACUAUUCUAAAUAAAAUGAAGACAUGUUACUCAUUAUAAAUGAAUUAUUUCCACUAAAAGAAUUGUAGACAUUGGGAAUUGGCUAUUUGCCUGUAUAAAGCUGUUUUAACUGGUAAGCAUCCUGAAGAGACCUUUUCUCUUACUGAUUAUUACAUUAUCACUGAUAAAAUUUGUGAACUGAUUUUAAGAUUCACUGUUUACAAUUGUUACUUGUGUGUGUGUGGUGAUUGGGGUCAGGUAUAUGUUCAAUUCUCAGUUUACGCCAGACUUAUGUUAUUUGUUGGUUUAUGUUUUAUAAUGAUAUAUUCUGGUUGGUAGAUGGUUAAAAAAUAUUCAUAUUUAUCAUUUUAUGUAUUAUUCUUCUAUAAUUGUCUGUAAAGCUGCCAUUUGUACAGUGUUAUUUAAGCAUGCCCUGACUCAAGUGUCGGACCAGUUGCAUAUUAGAGUUAUUUAGGCUCCUGGGUUAGCAGAGAAUGUAAUGAAUUGUCCCACUAAUAAUGGCCUUAAGAGUUGAUGGAAGCUGUGAUUAAAUAUAAAAUGUUUACAUUGUGAUGUUGACAGUUCUAAGUUACCUUUUCAAGGCUGCUAUUUGACAGCAGUCUGUAAAUAAUACUGUCUGGAUCAGCCAUGCAGUGCUUUAUGUGAUGAGUAACAGCCCAAACUUAUUGUAUGACAAGCAUGGGCUUCAACCCAGAAUCCCAACAUGGAACUACUUUCAGAGGAGUCUGAUUGAAGUUAUUUAGACAUACAUGAAUGGGAAGAU